AGUAAUAAUUUGAGGCGGUGAAUUGACAGAAGAACUAACCUACAAAAAAUGUGUAAAAAGUAAAAAAUAGUUGUAUUUAGCGAUUUUUUAGAAUUAAUUUGAGCCAAUUAACAAAACAGUACAGCAGUAUUCUUUACAGAGUAAAGAAUAUUUGAGUUUUAAACUUUCGUUAAAAUUUAUGAAACUAUCGUGUUGUUCAUAGUCCUAAUAUUAAUGUCUAGACGAAAGUUUUUUAUAGAGGUACAUGAUAAGGAUUUAUAAAAGUUAUUAAAAAUGUUAUUAAGACGAUGUUUGCUGGGCCAAACCCAGUUCUGGAGAAAAUAUUUGAAAACAGACAUACGUACGACUAAAAUCUUAAGCUGGAAUAGUCACAUCGCUACUGGUUGUUAUUUACCCCAGAGGCAUCACAGUUUCAACCUAUUGAGAAGAAGUGAUAGUUAUUUGAAAACUAGUUUUAUUCAUCCUUUACACAGACAAAAAUACUCAAAAGGAUUAUUUGAUGGAGAUGUAUUAAUGAUAAUCGAUAAAAUCCAGGAACAAGAUCUGAAGAAAAUCACAGAGUUGUUCCCUCAACCCCGAGUCACACUGAAUGAAUUGACUGCCAAAACACCACAGAAAAUCUUCGACAUCCACUUCAGACAAUUGUCUUCGGCUCCCAAGGGAGUAAAGAAGGCUAAGAAGGUUCAAAAUGACUGGGUGGCUACUUACACUUUUAUCUGGCCUGAGAAGAUGAAGUUUGAAUGCACCUCAAAAUCAAAGCGGCAAGCAGCGGAGAAAUCGGCAAUACAGGCUCUCAUAUGGCUUUACAAAAACAAUCGAAUCAAUGACAAAGGCUCCCCCAUCUAUGACCAGAAUGUUCUAGAAGAGAUCCGCAGCACUUUGAAAGAACCUAUACAUGUGUCCAUCAGUGAUAGUACAAUGGAACGGAUUGACAGGAUAUGGGACGAUUAUCAGAAUGGGAUAAAGAACAUUUAUGAUGCAGCAGCCGAGAAAGCUUCCCAUUUUGUUGCCCGUUCUCCAGCCGCGUUGACCAAAGAUUCCACUAUAGAUGAAGAUCCAGAAUAUAUAAAAGAAGAAAGUGGAUCUGAAGAAGUGGCUGAUAUAUCAGAUUUGAAGAUCCCCAUUCAUCCAGUGUACGGCAGACACAUAAAUCCACCAUCAGAUUCAACUCUGAUGCGGCGCAAUCGACUGCUGAAGCAGAGAUUCCAAGAUUAUGAUGAAGAAUUGACUCCACUCCCUAUUGAUGAUUAUACAGCGCAAAUAACUUCAACCAUAGACAACUCCCGCGUAACCGUCAUAGUGGGGGCGGCUGGGUGCGGGAAGUCGACGCGCGUGCCGGCCGCCAUAUUACGUCAUUGUGGCGCCCAAACUGCCAUGGUGGUGACUGAACCAAGAAGGGUGGCAGCUAUCGGACUGGCUGACAGGGUCGCUAGUGAAAUGGCCGAAGAAGUAGGUGAAUCCAUCGGAUACCAAGUGCGCUUGCAAGCGAAACCGCCACGCCCUCCCGCCGGCUCAGUACUCUACUGCACAUCUGGAGUGUUGCUGAGGAGGCUGCAAACUAAUCCAGGUUUAAAAGGCUGUUCGCACGUUGUAAUAGACGAGGCGCACGAACGAGAUGUAAAUACUGACAUAACACUAUUGCUAUUGAAAAGAGCCUUAAACAUAAAUCCUGAACUCAAAGUUAUUAUUAUGAGCGCCACAUUGGAUACUCAGGUUUUUACUAGAUAUUUCGAAUCUUGUCCCGUGAUUGAAGUGCCGGGACGCACAUUUCCAGUUGAGAUAUCCUACUUAGACGAUAUACAGAAGAAAUACAAUUUGUCGCUGAGCAAUUGCUUCGAAAAUUGUACUAAAGAAGAUGCCAGACCGAACCUUCAUUGCGAAGAGAUAGCAGAAGUAAUAAAAGCCGUAGACAAAAACGAGCAGGAAGGCGCUAUACUAGUGUUCCUCCCGGGUUGGGCCGAGAUCAGAUCCACUAAACAAAUAUUGGACCAAUGUUAUAGGGAGUCUAAUGUACAUUUGAUUUUGCCUGUACAUUCCAGAUUAUCGACAACAGAGCAAACGAAAAUGUUCUCGAAACCUCCGCCCGGCGUUCGCAAAAUAGUCUUAGCGACCAAUGUAGCUGAAACGUCGAUUACUAUACCUGACGUGGUGUAUGUUAUAGACAGCGGAGCCCAUAAGGAGAACAAAAUCAAAGAAGCCACAGGUACAGCAAGUCUGGAAACAGUGUGGGUGUCGGCGGCCGGCGCUAAACAGAGGGCCGGUAGGGCGGGGCGCGUACAACCCGGCCACUGCUACAGACUGUACACAAAAGAGAAAGAAUCGGAAUUCAUUCCUCACAACACCCCUGAAAUCCUGCGCAUGCCUCUGGAGCAAACUGUAUUGGAUUGUAAGACUUACGCCCCUGAUGAUAAAGUUCAGAGUUUCUUUUCGGAAUUACCUGAGCCGCCGAGUGAGAAAGCUAUACAUUUUGCGGUCAAUGAUUUGAUUGAUUUGGGUGCCCUAACCGCUUCGGAAAAGCUAACAAAAUUGGGGUCAAUACUAUCGUCUCUGUCGUUACACCCGCGCGCCGGCCGCAGCGUGCUGACCGCGGCGGUCGGCGGCGGCGUGUCGACCGCCGCGGUCGUCGCCGCGCACUGCCAGGACUAUGUGGAGCUGUUUGUCAACGCCGCUGAUAGAAGAGAAGAAAUUCGCGAAAUCAAACGCAAAUACAGCGACUCGUCGGACCACUGUGCGUUGAAUUGGAUUCAGCACGAAUUCGAAGAAAUUUUGAAUGAGAAGGGGCGGCAAGGGGUCGAUAAAUGGUGCGAAAAAUAUGGCCUGAGGAGGGAUAGACUGACACAUGUUAAAUCAUUAUCAAACCUUUAUCUAGAACAACUGGUCAAAUCGGGCUUCCUUGGCCCUUCGCCGGAUGCAGAAGAGUUGAAUCGUUUCUCCGACAUAGACGAACUCACGUCGGCCAUAUUGCUCAGCGGGUCUAACUCUCUGUUGGUCACCAGGAAACAUGUGAAGACGAAGGGAAAGCUAAAAACAAAAGUAGAAGUGUUUACCAGCAAAGGCGACCGCGCCCACGUAGGCACAGAAAGUGUCAACUACGGUAUAACUAAACGCGUUAACAAAACGCAAUUCCUAACUUACUUUGGAGGUUUCCAUUCAAUGGAGAGGAGGGCUUUGGUUGUGAACAAAACGUCGCUCAUACCGCCACAUACUGCGCUGCUGUUUUGUAGGGGAGAUUUACAGAAAAUUACUUCGGUGGAAGAAGACGAAAAUAUAACGAUUCUCAGUCUUCCUCGUCACAGAUUACAAGUCCACAUCCUAGAUAGCCAAGCGGAUCACAUAAUGAAAACCAAAGAAAUGUUAUGGUCAACGAUCCAGUAUUACAUAGACAGAAAUACAAAUAACUUAAAUUAUGAGGAAACCACCAAAGUUACUAGAUUUAAAGUGAGACUGUUUAAAGCUAUUGGUAGGAUGUUAGUUGAGGCUAAUAAGGAUUAUGUGCAAAGGGAUGUUGAAGAUAUUAGAUAAAUAAAAUCUGUAAAUAAA